UUAGCUAGCUGCUAGUCUGCUAACCGCCUUGGCAGCGCGUGAAUGGAUGUGUUAAACACGUCUUUCAUCGCAUUAUUUUGUCGCUUUCUCAGCUACACGGCAUUAGUAAGUCACAGUUAAGAGAGUUACUGCUUAAAACUCAGCGCUAGACUGAAAAGAGCGGCUAAAGGAGCAGCAUAACGUUAGAGAGCGCUAGCAAGCUAACUAGCUAGCUUAGCUCCCUGUUUACAACAGUGGGUUCGCUAACUACGUAACAUAAGGCUAGCAAGCAAGCUAGCAUUUUCGACUACUCUCCUCGGAAACACACGCAAGAUCAACAAUGGCUGACGACUUUGAUAUAGAAGCCAUGCUUGAGGCUCCUUACAAGAAGACUUGCCUAAUGAUAUCUGACCUCUACUUCCCUGAAUACACCUUUGAUUCCAGUGUGAAGUGUGAAAAAAGACGAGAUGUGAGACAAAGAUGGCAUCGCACUCUCAAAGUCCAACCACACAAAUGGGGUGACAGCAAGUCUUCUAGUGCAAAUGGACAUGAUGAACACAGCAGAAAGAAAAGACGCAGCCGGAGCCCGAGCGCAGAUCACCAUAGGAGUAGGAGCAAGGACCGCAAGAAAAGCAAGGACCGCCGCAGGAGCCGCAGCCAUGAGAAAAAGCGCUCACGCAGCAAAGAGCGUCGCCGCUCACGCUCCCGCAGUCAUGAGCGUUAUGGCAGAGGGUCGCAAUAUCGAGGUCGCAAAAGCCCCUACUUGGGGCCGAAAUUUAACGGUGGUCCUGGAGGGAAGAUUGGCCCACCCACCAAACUAAGCCACAAACACAAUCGAAGCAAAAGCCCCUUUAAAAAAGACAAGAGUCCUGUCAGGCAGCCCAUUGAUAAUCUCAGUGCUGAAGAAAGAGAUUCCCGUACAGUUUUCUGCAUGCAGCUGGCUGCCAGAAUUAGACCAAGAGACCUAGAGGAAUUCUUCUCUGCUGUUGGAAAAGUGCGAGAUGUGAGGAUGAUUUCAGACAGAAACUCUCGCAGGUCUAAGGGUAUCGCUUAUGUUGAAUUUGUGGAAGCAUCGUCUGUGCCGCUGGCAAUUGGGCUUACAGGACAGAGGCUGCUGGGAGUGCCCAUCAUUGUUCAGGCCUCACAGGCUGAAAAGAACAGGGCAGCAGCUGCCUUGCAAAACCUGCAGAAAGGUGGUGCAGGGCCUAUGCGCCUCUACGUGGGAUCUCUGCACUUUAACAUCACUGAGGACAUGCUCCGAGGCAUCUUUGAGCCUUUUGGCAGGAUCGAGAGCAUCCAGUUGAUGAUGGACAGCGAGACGGGCAGGUCAAAAGGUUAUGGCUUCAUAUCAUUUGCAGAUGCUGAAUGUGCAAAGAAGGCCCUGGAACAGCUGAAUGGCUUCGAGCUGGCUGGCCGGCCUAUGAAAGUGGGGCACGUGACGGAACGCUCAGACGCCUCAUCUGCCAGCUCCUUCCUAGAUAAUGAUGAGCUGGAGAGAACAGGCAUAGAUUUGGGCACCACAGGCCGCCUGCAGCUUAUGGCUCGACUUGCAGAAGGCACUGGGCUACAGAUUCCUGCCGCUGCAAAGCAGGCCCUGCAGAUGACCGGCUCUCUGCCAUUCGGUAACCUACCUGGAGCUAACCCUGCCCUGAUCCCCAGCCCUAGCAUGAACCAGGCAAUGAACUUACCCACUCAACCACUGGCAACUCACUGCCUGCAGCUCUCCAACAUGUUCAACCCACAAUCUGAAAACGAGCCUGGCUGGGACACAGAAAUUCAGGAUGACGUCAUUGAAGAGUGCAAUAAACACGGCGGGAUUGUACACAUAUAUGUGGACAGGAAUUCUGCUCAAGGUAAUGUAUAUGUGAAGUGUCCCACCAUUCCUACUGCCAUGGCUGCUGUCAGUGCCCUGCACGGACGAUGGUUUGCAGGCAAAAUGAUCACUGCUGCCUAUGUGCCCCUCCCCACCUAUCACAAGCUGUUCCCAGAUUCAGUGACUGCUACACAGUUGUUGAUGCCCACACGUCGGUGAUCCAUCCUCCUUCUGCAUCAAUAUCUCUCCCUCUUGCUUGCCCUCAUCUCUUUCUCUGUAUAUCCUGGAGAUGUAAAUGACUCACUGUAUGUGGUUUUCCCCCAGCACCUGCUAAAUUUCAAACCUAUUUAGACAGCUGCUGUGUGUCCCUGGAGAGCACAUACACAUUUGCCUCUGCAUUUUAGGUAAGUGUGUAGAGAAGGGUUUGCUGAUCCAGGUUUGUAAAUGUCAGAUGAAAAUUGAAGUCUUAGUGGUCCAUGCUGACUGACAUUUGAAAGAGAUGAGAGAGCAACAUUUAGUUUUUUUAAGUAGCUGUUCGUGUCUCCUUUUUAGUGCACAUGCCUAGUGACCCAGAAGCUUGCUAUCAUGAAAAAGACUUUUCUAUUUCUGUCUUUGUCCUGUAAAAUACGCAUGUUGUGGUCUCUAGACUGAUGGAUUUUUUUUGCAAGGUUGGAGGAAAGAAACAUGACUAAAUUGAUGAGACCUUCUGAGAUCUCUCUUAGGUGUAUGGAGAAGUCUGGGACCGCUUUACAAUUUAUAGCUUUUUGUAAUCAAACUUUCUUUAAUUUUGUAAAGAAAAGGGUAAUUAAAAUUGCUUUAAAAAAUAUGUCAAAGAACUUUGAGAUGGUUUUUUUUUUUUGGUUUGUUUGUUUUAUAAAAUGUAAUAAAACAUUUUAACAAACUGUG